CCCCCCCCAGGAUAAUUGAAGACUUCAGUGAUGCGACUCUGAUGCUGCUCGAGAGCAGUUGAAUGUGCUCAUCAUUUCAGAGGAUUACUCCUUCCUUCGGUAACUAUGGGUUCUGUGAUGUUGGACUGGAGGUUAUCAUGUCUUCUUCUGCAGGCAGCUGUUUUGCUGCUGCUCAGCAAGGGGGAGAGGAUGUGCCCCGCGAGUUGUCGCUGCGAAGGCAAGAUUGUUUACUGCGAGUCUGGCAUCUUCCAAGGCGUUCCGGAAAACAUCACCACGGGAUGCCAGGGUCUGUCUCUGCGCUAUAACAGCCUGCUGGUUCUGUUGCCGUACCAGUUCGCCCACCUCAAUCAGCUUAUUUGGCUUUAUUUGGACCACAACUCCAUCACGGACAUCAAUGCAUUAGCCUUCCACGGCGUGCGCAGGCUCAAAGAACUCAUCCUCAGCUCCAACAAGAUAACUUAUCUGCACAACAACACAUUCAGCGCAAUACCAAACCUCCGAAAUCUGGACCUGUCCUAUAAUCAGCUCCGGUCUCUGCAGCCGGGGCAUUUUUAUGGUCUGCGCAAGCUACAAAAUCUCCACCUUCGAUCUAAUGGGCUGAAUCAGAUCCUCAUUCGUACUUUCCUUGAAUGCCGCAGCCUGGAAUUUCUGGACUUAGGUUACAAUCGCCUGCGGAGCCUCACCCGCACAACGUUCUUGGGGCUCUUCAAGUUGAAAGAGCUUCAUUUAGAGCACAAUCAAUUUUCCCGGAUUAAUUUCUUAAUUUUUCCACGCCUUACCAACCUGGAGACCCUCUAUUUGCAGUGGAACCGCAUACGCUCCAUGAGUCAAGGCGUGCCUUGGACCUGGCACAAACUGCAGAAAUUGGACCUGUCGGGGAAUGAAAUCCAAAUGUUGGACCCGGCGGUUUUCCAGUGUAUGCCAAACUUGCAAACCCUCAACCUUGAAUCGAACAAGCUCAGCAGCGUUCCUGUGAAGGCCGUGGCGGCGUGGGCCUCACUGACGACCGUCAGCCUGGCCGGCAACGCCUGGGACUGCAGCCCCAGCAUUUGUCCUCUCAUGGGAUGGCUCCAAAACAUCAGAGACUCUAAAGACAUCAGUAUGAUUUGCAGCAGCCCCAGGUCUGUGCAGGGCGAGAGAGUGGUGGAAGUGGUGAAGAACCAGCUGACGUGUGUGGACGUGUCUAACAUUUUCUCGACCACGUUUCUCAUCGCUCUUACUUCCACCCAAAUGGAGAAUGUCACGUUGUACCCUGACCCCACAACUGAUCUGGGCACCGAGUCACUUACUCAGAGGUUGACCCCUGUGCCUGGCCGUCCUAGUGAGAAACACAGACAGACGACAGAGUCCACAAACGUGAGCUCCACAUCGGCGGUCCCCCCCGGAGCCCCUGCCUCGCUUGUCCCGCAGCUACACUUUGAACAUAUGGCUUUCCAUAAAAUCGUUGCAGGCAGCGUAGCCCUGUUCCUGUCAGUGGCAUUGAUCCUCCUUGUUAUUUAUGUGUCGUGGAGGCGCUACCCCAACACCAUGAGGCAGCUGCAGCAGCACUCGGUCAACCAUAAGCGCAGGAAAAAAAACAGCAAGCAGGAGCAGGAUCUGAACUCUCAGCUGCAAGAAUACUACCUGAGCUACCAUUCCAACUCAGAGACAAUGGACCCUUUGGUGAACGAGUCGAGGCCGUGCACGUGCACAAUAUCAGGAUCCAUCGAAUGUGAGGUCUGAGCAGCCAAUUCCACCUUUACGAGACUUAAAGAGAAGCAGAGGUAAAUGGUCUUUUCCAAAGAUGAAGUGCUUUUAUCUCUAAUGCGAGAUGAUAGAUUCUGCAGCACUGAAAGAACUACUUUGGGAAAUAGCACAAUACGAUUAUGUGCAAAAAGAAGAAGAAUGGAGCGGAGGUAUAUUUGGAGAUAAUUAUCAGCUUGACUGACGCAUAAACAGUGGCCAGGUCAGCCGGGUUAGCUGUGUGCGAUCUGACGUGCAGUCUGGACCUCUGCUAAAGAUGAAGUGAGCCUUCUAGAGAGACCAAACCUAUUCUUUGUUAAACUAUAUUGACAUAUACCUUACAACCAUGCAAAGCCAUUUUUUACUCCCUAGUUUUUUUUUCUUCUCUUUAUUAUGUAGCUUGUAAAGCAUUUAUGACGUAUUUGUGUAUCUUCAAGUGUCUCUGUGUGAGUGUGUUAUAGCGAUGAUCUGAUACUCUCUCGGUAUACUGACUUCUGGUUGGAAGAGUUACAGUGUUGCACCUUAAUCUCACAAUAUACCGUUUGUUCAGUUAAAUGAUGCUGCUUUCGGCCUAUGAAUGCAACGACUAGACGCGGCGCAAAGUGGGGGGAGCAAUCACAUAGAGACCGAUAUUUUGCAUGAAACAAAUCUCCUUACUACGAGAUGCUCUUCUCAUUAAAUGAUGAGCUAUAAAAGAUGAAAAAUUUGCAUUUUGGUUCAUUGUAGAGACUAAACAAACCAACUUCAUUCAAUUCGAAUCUCAGGACUGAUGUUUUGCAAGCUGUAAAAAAAAAAUCUGUCUGGUCCAACGAGGGUGUUGAUGUGUCCGAAGCAAUGAUGUUGAUUUUCAUAAAGAAUUUUGUAAUGAUUAUUCCUAUCAUUACGGUUAUGCAUUUUUUGUGUAAAGACGUAACAAAACAGGGGGACUAACAAUUCUAUGUGAUAAUGACUGUAUAAUUAAAAGAUUCACUUGACAAUUAAUGAAGAAUUGUGUGCGACGAGAAUAUCGAUGACUGGUCCAUCCCACAGAGGGAGAAAAUCCUUCUCUAAAUCAUUGCAUUGUGCUCUGGAUGUUGUGUACAACUCACUGGAUUUGCUGCAGUAAGCUGACAUGUCUCCCAUCCUCUGGUUUUCUGGAUCUCUUCUAGGCUUCUUUUUGGUAUCUGCAACGGUAUUGAUUGGGCUUGGGUUACCCACCUCGAACCCUAGAAAUAUGCUUGGUUUUACUUGCUCAUGAAACAGGUUAUGAAUUGGAGCCCACUGAAAGGGGAAAGAAAUUCCAGUCUAGUGAAACCAAGAAUAAAAUAAAAACCUUAGCUGGGAAAUUUAACCUACACCAAGGGACAUAUGUUCAGUGCUGGUGCAAGUAUUUAAGAGCUAUCACAAAGGUUUAUUUUUUUUUACUUCUUGUGUGAAGCCUAUCAUCUAUUGCUCACCAAAGUCCUUCCCACACAGCUGUCAGUUGUCCUCUCAGACCCGAUCUGAAGAAAAGACAUCUGAUCCUUCUUCCUUUAGCGGGUUCACACAUUUCCUGUGGAGUAAAGUUUCCCUGGUCAAAGGUUGUUCGGAUAAGGAUUUAUGAUCUCCCACAAUUUACUUUCUAAACAUGGCUCCGGCUCUCUGUGGCCGCAGGCGGGGACGGCUGUUUGCUGCCCACAGGAUUUAUAUCCAUUUAUUUAGUUCCCAGCACUUGCAUACAUGAUGGAUUUCUCCCGAGGGCCAAUGGGAAAAUGUGUGAGGGCAUACAAAAAAGUAAUAUGAACAGAACAAAUGAUUUGUUAUUCUAAUGUUGGCAGAUAUUGUAAUUAGUAUUUGAUUUGUCAUAUAGUGACUGAUGAAAAGCAAUUUGCCAUUUUUUGAAAUGUUUUUGUGUUGUGUAGCUGAGAGGAGAAUGCUGAUUAGAAAGAUGUAAUCUGCAUCUUUCCGAUCAUUAUCAAGUAUAUUUGUUAGAAUGAAUUGUGUCAGUGAACACUAUUGACAUAGUAUAACAAAACACAAAAAGAACCACACUUCACUGGCAAAAUCUGAAAACUAUGUUCCAAGAAAGGAAAAAUGUCUUUUGAAGUUAAUAAAUGUAUUAAACUAUAAUGGCCUCCAAGUGGAUGAGGAAGGCCAUAAAAUCCGUAAAAUAUUGCCUGGAAUCAAUCAGAAAUUCAGUGGCUGCUUCCUGUGAACCCUCCUUGUGAGGGGUAACUUGCUCACAUCUCCCCUGGCAGCCAUGACAUUUUCAUUUCCAUCUCCUAAUGGGGAUCUUUUCUCAGAUAACACGUGUGAGAAAUUCUGCUCAUCAUUGCCGAAGGUUGUGCAACAAAAGAAGUCAAUACACCCCCAAAUACACGUGUUAUUUUGGUCCAUUUAUGAGGUUGGCUUAGCCUAGCACAGCACAAAGACUGAACAGUUGCCCCUGCAAAGACGUGAUCAUCUUUGAAUCUGCCAGUAAAGGGUAAAACCACAGGCUGAGGAUUUCUACUACUGGAUUAUUUGGUAGCCAGGAAAGAAUAACCUUCUGAAAUCUCCUCGCAACCUCGAUGUGACGACGACACUGCAGGACUUUUUCUUGUUUGGAAAAAAAACAAAAACAGAAAGUAACAAGUGACAGAAUGUCACCUUUGGACUGAGCCAGACGAGGUUUUUACUCUUCAGAGGCUGCUGCUUCAUGUUGAGCAAACAGACGGAAUAAUUCCUCGAAGCAAAGUAAUUUUGAAAAAUAGCUAUCAGAAAAUUAAUUCUGCUAAUGUUCUAUGAAUGCGCGUAGCUCCUUUCCAUGAGCACAUUUCCAUUAAGUACUCCCCGCUGUGUUUGAGCUACCAACGACUGCAAGCUAUUUCUUCAAGGACGAUCGAGCCAGAGAGGUUUAAAAAAAAAGCCCACGAGAGAGAAAAGACUCAUUCCUUAUUCAUAAAAUCACUUCUUUAUUUGUGUUGUUUUUUCUUCAUCAGUAACUAGUAGCAUCGUGUGUACUCCAAUGUGAAUUAAAGCCAGGUAGUCAAAAUAAUGAGUUUCAGCAGUCAAAUUAAAAGUGUUCAAAAAUCGAAUUGCCCAGUGUGGGAGAAAAGUUCCCCCACCCCGCAUGGUGUAUCGCAAGUCACCUGUGAAAUGAUAAUGCUUUUGUUACGUGUCCCAGUGGAACCUUAGAGGGAAAGAAAAUGGCCAAGCUGCUUUUUUGUCUUUGUCAGAGAACACGGGAUUUCUAUUUCCUCACUUUGCAAUCCAUUACUCUGCUGCAAUACACUUAUUAAUGAUCAAUGUCUCUGCCUUUGCUAAAGCAAACGUCGACACCUCCAUCAGUCAACAAAAUGACUCGCUGUGUGGUCGUGUCUGGUCAGUAUCUUUAACACAGCUGUGAUUUGUGUCCCUGUAAUGAUCCCGGUUCUCUCCACAGAGAUACAGCUUUCCAUCACAGUAGAAAGCUUUCAGCGAUGUUGUACGACAUUACAGUCUCCACGAGCAAAAUCGCUCGUUCCAAACAAGUUCAUUUCUCAUCCACGUUAAGUGAUCCCAGAGCAGCUUUCGUUUGCUUAACAUCAGAAAAUCAUUUGCAGCAUAAAAGCAGAUAACAGCUUGACCUUUAUGGUUUCAUUUUCACUUUCCUCUGACCAAAUGUCAGCUACAUUUAGGACCUUAAAUCCUACUUGUAUAUCUUGUGGCCGCAGAUGUAGAACUUAGAUGAAGAGAUCUUGGAUCUAACACUGCUGUACAUGCACACAGCAUGAUAUAACAGUAAUACAGUGCUUUCUUUUGAGAUGUUCCAUUGUUUCUCAGAUUUAUUUCCCCUGAUUCUUCAGCUGCUCUGCUUCCCACACUGGGGAAAUCAACCAAAAGCCAACCACAAUUAAAUGUAUAAGAUUUAUAAGUAGUGCACCUAGUCAUAUUGUUGUUUCCUUAGUAAUAAAACACCAUGGUCCCCAUGAUACAGACACUGUACUAGUGUCCAUGUAGGACUAACUCUAGAGGUAAAAAGUCAUUCAAAAUAAAUAAAUAAAUACCCUGUGUUUGGUAACCUAACACACUAAUAAACACUCUCAUAACUCAAACCAUCCCUUCAAAGACGGUCUUGCGAUUUGACAGCUACCUUCGUGACUGACAGACGAGCUGACCUGACAAAACUGGAGCAAAAACUAACAAUGAUAAAACAAUGAUGUGAAUCAGGUAGACGUCCUGUCCUGAUUCUUUCCAUUGUCAUUGUCCUUCUUUAAAAUAGUGAGGAGCUGCAUACAAUGCAAUUGGUAUUUCAUUGGUAGAUUUUGUUUUACAUUUCUGAAACAACACAUUUAAUAUCCAAACUCAUAAAUGUUUUGAUUGCAAAAUCCUGCAUAUAUGACAGCAGAAGCACAAACACUGCCAUUACAAAGGGCUGUGAAAUACUGCUCUUAUUACGUUUUUUUCUCCGCAGGGUUCUGCUUCUGACAGACGUCCCUCAGGCUCAAUGUUGUAGGCUUCUCUGCAAGUGCAUGAAUGAUUGCAGCAUUACAGCAGCACAGGCACACAGUGCCACCACGUUAUGAAACACAGUAAUAAAGAAAAAGAACCCCAUCGAAACCAUCUCUACUACCACUGAGACUCAGCAGUGAAUGAAUGAAUGGGAGGCCGAUGGAUUUUGGAUAAACGGAGGUUCGACUGAAGCGUAUAACAGAUUUCCCCUGCAGUAGUGAGUAAUCUGUGCUUCCACGGACCUCAUUGGCAGAGAGCAUCAGCCAAAGUUGACACUGUGGCAUUAAUAAUAAACACACACACACAUUUCCUGCAGAGCUUGUUUGCUAAUUAGAGCAUUUUUUGCCCCCAAAAAUAAAACAAC